AGUGAGUAGUGAGUUCCUCUUCCACUUCCAGUGCGUUCCUCUUCCACUUCUUGCAGUGAGCAGGUGUGGCUACCGCCGAAGGCAUGGACGGGCCUAGGCGUCCCGCGCCAGGGCGGGGGCGGGGCCGGGGGCAGGAGGUGCCGCCUGGGUGGGCCGGCGAUGCCGGGUCCGGGCAGGGCUCCAGCCCCGACGGUUCGUGGAGGUACGGCUGGGGGUGGACCUCCGGGCCCGGGGGCGGCUGGGGCUACGGCCACGGCUCGGCUGCGCAGGGUCCCCGCGGCACUGCCGAGGGCUCCGCGUACGGGUUUGGCUACGGCAGCGGCGGUGGGGGCGGGGUCGGUGGUGGAGGAAGCGGGCGUGGAGGCUUCGGGUUCGGGUUCGGCGGACGCGGCGGCGAGGGCGGCCGUUUCGGCUGGGGAGCCGGCGGCGGGGCGUUUGGCGUUGGAGGUGACCACGGGGGCUGGGGAGCGCGCGGUGGGUUCGGCGGCGGCGGGCAACGGCCACAGCGCGGUGGGCGCGGUGGCGGCAACUGAAGAAGGCCGCAGCUCUGGGGCUUACUAGUGCACUGUUGUCUGGGUCUUGAAUAAUGCAGCCAUUUUUGGCUUGACUCCGUAUCCGUAAGCAAGAGACGAUUGUUUCAGUACAUGUGCCCGCCGCUCAAUGAUCAUGUUGCUUCGAGCUGGGUUGUGUGGAUGUUCUAGUGGUAAAAUUACGGGCAAUUCUACUGUGUGCCAUGGAAAAUGUCUCAGUUUCAUUAUUUACAUGCCAUCACAUAUUCUAAAUUUGCUUCCUUU